GGCCGGGCCCCCUUCCCCCCCGCCGGCCGCCAUCUUGCGAAGGAGCGCCCGGGUUUAUUGUCCGGUGGGGGGGGAACCGACCGACCGACCGGCCGGCUCGGUCUGAAGCAACCGGGGGUUGGGCGGCAACCAUGGAGGAUGAAAUGCCCAAGACCCUGUACGUGGGGAACCUCUCGAGAGACGUGACCGAAGCUCUCAUCCUCCAGCUCUUCAGCCAGAUCGGACCCUGCAAAAACUGCAAAAUGAUCAUGGAUACAGCUGGAAACGAUCCCUACUGUUUUGUGGAGUUCUACGAGCACCGGCACGCGGCGGCAGCCCUGGCCGCCAUGAACGGCCGGAAGAUAAUGGGUAAGGAGGUGAAGGUGAACUGGGCCACCACCCCCAGCAGCCAGAAGAAAGACACCAGCAAACCAGUUGGGGUACCCCCCCCCUACGGCCAGUGGGGCCAGUGGUACGGCAACGCUCAACUGGGCCAGUACGUGCCCAACGGCUGGCAGGUCCCCGCCUACGGCGUCUACGGCCAAGCCUGGAACCAGCAGGGCUUCAGCCAGACACAGUCGUCGCCGUGGAUGGGGCCCGGUUACGGGGUGCAGGCGCCGGGGGGGCAGAACGGCAGCGUUUUGGGGGGGCAGAGCGGGUACCGGGUGGGAUUCGAGGCGCCCUGAGGAGGAGGAGGAAGAAGAGGACGAGGAAGAAGAAGAGGAAGAC